CCGACCGUGACACGCCGAUCCGAGCACGGGGUCGGGAUCCCUCCCGUGGUGUCCCGACGCCUAGGAAGAGCAGAGAUGGCACGGGGAGUCGUCUCUCAACAAAAAGUGAAAGUAAAAUGAGGAAGGGGGAUUGAGCAACCAGUCGGAGGAAAGAAUGCCAGUAAAUCCUGUCUGCAUGGUAACGGCGGAGAUGCAGAGGAGACGGGAGAGGAGAGUCGAGGAGAGCCCUGGACCCGGACUGCGACGUGCCCUGAGAUGCCUUAGACCUCCCGGCCCCGCCGGUCUCAGAUGAGAGGAAACGCUCGUUCCCAGGACUCUGGGUUUCAGAGGGCCAGCGGGCUGGCAUGGGCGACGGCACCCACAGAGGAGCAGCCCGACCUUCCUCUCGGCCCUGAGGGGAGAGAAGAAAUGAAAGCCAGGGGCGGCGUGCUCCUCCCCGCUGGGAAGAUGCCCCCGGCGGCCCGCUCCCAGAGAGGAGGCCUCGUCUCCACCACCUUUCUGCUGACCUUCCUGUCCUCCUGCCUGGCGGUGGGGUCUCUCUACCAAGUCUUCACGCUGCAGGCUGAACUGGCCAGCCUCCGGGGCGAGCUGCGGGCUUACCGGGCCCGGGGCGAGUGGCCUCAGCCCCCGCAGAAGGGCAAGGGAGGCCCUCCGCCGGCCGCUCUGCGGGGGGCAGCUCCGGCCGGCGCCGGCAGACCCCAACACCUCUGGAGGCUCCCCGAGUCGGAAGAGAGCCACCCCAGUCCGAGCCAGAGAGAGAACCGUGUUAAGAGGGGUGCUAAGAACCCAGAGGAAACCGUGAUUCAACCUUGUUUGCAACUGAUUGCCGAUAGCAAAAGCCCCACCCUUCACAAAGGGGAUUCUACCUUUGUUCCCUGGCUUCUCAGCUUUAAAAGAGGAACAGCUCUGGAAGAAAAAGAAAAUAAAAUACUGGUCAAAGAAACUGGUUACUUUUUUAUAUAUGGCCAGGUUUUAUAUACAGACACCACCUUUGCUAUGGGGCAUCUAAUACAGAGGAAAAAGGCCCACGUUUUUGGUGAUGAUCUGAGUUUGGUGACGUUGUUCCGCUGUAUUCAAAACAUGCCUGAAAUUCUCCCCAACAAUUCCUGUUAUACUGCGGGCAUCGCAAAGCUAGAAGAAGGAGAUGAGCUUCAACUUACAAUCCCACGAAAUAGUGCUAAAAUAUCAUUGGAUGGAGAUGGCACCUUUUUUGGGGCAGUGAGAUUGCUGUGACAUAAUUCUGCACCAUUUUUGCAGCGGUUUUCUCCUCACUUCCUACCACCAAAAAAACACAAUCUUGGAAAUACAGAAAAUCCGUCACAUCAGCCAUUUGUUCCUGUGCCUUUGAACCCAGACCAAAACAGGAAACAGACAGUUCCAGCUAACAGUUGUCACGUGAAUUAUGAGAAAUACAAUUCAUUUAAAGA